AUGGACGCGCACAAUGAAGCCGUUCAUCCGCGAAAGAGGCGUCGGAGAAGGCGUCUUGACCGCCCUCCUAUUUCGGCGCGCCUGCUGCUUGACGACCGCAUGAAGGGUGAAGUUGGGAUACUCUCCGAGGAUUUGUUCAAUGACCUAUUUCCUGCUGCCAAAGAUAAGAAUACCGGUAUGCGGUCCAAGAUGCCGGCAAUAGACGUAGGGCUGACGUAUGCAGGAGUAAAUGGAGAAACAGAUCGCGUUCAACAUGUCGCAAUCACGCCGUGGCUUCCGAGCACCCUCGUAGCCUCACAAAGUCCGUCCUGGACUAUCUUGCCCGUACGGCCCGCUGAAAAGGCUGAAAAUGGUGCCGUACGCCCACACUCAUCCCUUCAUAUCCCAGCUUCGUCGCUCGCGCUGCAAUCCUUCUCCCACGUCCUCCAGAAUGCCGCCCCGAACAGAAUGCAGAGGCGGGAUGCGCCUAUCGAGGUGCGGAUAUACGAUGUUAUCCCAGUUGGGCUGGACACAGUUUACGUGAAUCUGGAUACGGAAGCGCUGAGAAAGCUGGAUGAGGUGCAUGCCAAGUUUGGCGGGGGCUUCGUCGCUCAAAUGAAUGGUGCAUCGCGAGGUCCGAAGAGCCGCCAACUCGAAGCCAACGGGACUCAAGGGAAAGCAGUCAAUCUCGCUGCACAAGAGGAGGUUUGGCGGAAAGCCGUGCGUGAGGCUCUACAGUUACCGACUGUCCUGCACACGGGCGAUUUGCUUCCUCUCAAGUUGCCCGCCCAUCCCAUCACACACGUCCCGCCCCCGCCAGCCAAGGUCAGCGCCUGUGAGCCUGUAUCACAAGGCUUAAUCCUGCCGAGCACGCGAAUCGUCAUAUUGCAGUCGCACCGCAGCAGCUCCAGACAUCACCCUGUCCUUCCUGUCAAGCAAACCUCAGCCACCAACGGUUUCGGCGACGACGACGAAGCCGAUGACACAUCCAACGAUACCUUCUAUUCCGCUGCAGAGGACCGAGCCGAUUCGCGGAAUGAUUCCCCCCCAGCCGACAAGUCGGCCGACAACUUCGAGUCUGAGCUUUCUGAGAGCGAUGCUGGAGGUUUGUCUGACGAGGAUGACGAUAUCAUCUCGCUGAACGCACCGAUGCUCCCGCCUCAGUCAUCAGGUGCGCUUUCAGCAUACACGUCCGCAACACCACGACCGGGUCAAUUCAAGACGAAUGGCAUCGCAACCCCCGGGUCCGUCUAUUCGAGCUUCACGGCAACGACUGCUCGCGGGCCCACUAGCAAGAGCAAAGUCUUCAAAGCUCAAGGGCUACUACAAAGUAUCCCUGAUGAUCUCGUUCACCCGAAGCCAGGAACCGAAGAUGAUGAGGAAGCCCGCGUCUUUGUCGACAUAAACACACUAGUCAAGGUCGGUUGCUUCUCUGGCGAUUGGGUCAGACUUGAGGGUACUGAGGCACCUUCCUCGCAUCCCCUUUGGGGAUUGGGAGCUUUUGGUGGAGCGGAUGAGGAAGACAACACAAAUUGGCGUCCUGUCCGCGUCUUUGGUCUACCGGAGAACAUGUCAAAGAAGGCUGUCCGCUACCCAGUUCAGAAGACUGCAGAUCUUGAUCGAAGAAGCAGUUUCUCCGGUUUCUCCCAGCCAACCUCGUCGUUGAAUGCCUACCUAUCCCCGAUUCUUCUCGCAAACCUGGGCAGCCCGUCUCACCUCCGCAUCACCCCUCUAGCUCCCAGCCCCUCUUCGCAUCUGCCUAGAAACUUGAUACAAAAGCCUCGAAUAACUGGGUCUUCGUUGCCUCCUUCCGCAAAAGAAGUCACCCUUUUAAAGGUGUCAACACCUCUGUCAUCGGACCGUCUCCUCCAACCUAGUCUCUUCGCAGCUUUGAAAGACCACUUUGAACAGAAGCGGCGAAUCGUGAAGAGUGGCGAUCUCAUAGGGGUCUCGAUUGACGAGUCUCUUGGUCGAGCAGUGUUCCAAACCAGCGCCGAGGAUGAUGCUGGCAGUGAGGAGUUGCUGACCAGAGCCAAAACAAAACCGAACGAAGAAAGCACCAGUGUUAGCAGCCGCAACCCAAAGGUUGUAUCCUGGUUCAGGAUCGGUAACGUCUCUAGCGCCCCUCAUACGUCUCAUGAUGGCGAGGAGGCGGACAUCUGGGGCGGUGCUGUGACAGUGGACGCUGCCAGCACAAAGAUGGAAAUGAACGGGAGCGAGCAAGGCAAAACCCCGGCCCCUAUCAGCAAUGCCUGGCAGUACUAUCUAGGCGCCAAGCGAACGCCCGUCUCAAGCUCGCAAAAGACGAUGGCUUUGGACGAGCUACCCAAGCCUUACAUUUCACCACUGCGUAGACGGCUACGGGAGCUUAUGUCUGUAGCUACGAGUCCUCGCGCCAUUCAUCUAGGCCUGCCUCCCAUUGCGGUUCUAAUAACUUCAACGCAACGUGGUAUCGGCAAGGCUACUCUUGCUACAAAAGCCUGCGAGGAUCUCGGCUUACACACCUUUUCCAUCGAUGCCUUUGACAUCAUAACCGAAGGUGGAGCUGGAGGUGGCGAUGUAAAAACCGAAGGUUUCCUGAAGGCAAGGGCAGAGCGAGCUUUCUCAUGCGGUGCUGAGUAUACAGCGUUGCUUGUAAAGCAUGUUGAUGCUCUGAAUGCCGAUCGCAUGAACACUGCGCUGAAGGAAAUUUUGGCCGACUCUCGUGUCUUGAUUGCAACAACAACAGAAAUCGACAAAGAGGGCAUCCUAAGAAGCAUAAUCGAUGACGCCGGUAUUCGACUAUCUCCCGAAGCUGACUUGGGCAAUGUCGCUGUCAAGACUGCAGCUCUAGUGGCAGGCGACCUGGUGGAUGUUGUUGAUCGAGCUUUUGUUGCCAAGCGAAAUCGUCUCGAAGAACUCGCCGCGUCUGCUACCAAGUCCCAUUCUUCGGGUGACACCAUCACAACGCGUGACAUCGAGCUAGCAGGUGGUCCCUUUAGUAACAGCCUUACAAAGGCUGAUCUAGAUGGUGCGGUGGAUGCCGCACGCAAGAACUUCGCCGACGCUAUUGGCGCUCCCAAGAUCCCCAAUGUGGGUUGGAAAGAUGUCGGUGGUCUCACCCAUGUCAAGGAUGCAGUCAUGGAAACGAUUCAGCUUCCAUUGUCGCGUCCUGAGCUGUUUGCCAAGGGUAUGAAGAAGCGCAGUGGUAUCUUGUUUUACGGACCUCCAGGAACGGGAAAGACGCUUCUUGCAAAGGCUAUUGCCACAGAGUUCUCGCUCAACUUCUUUAGUGUCAAAGGUCCCGAGUUGCUCAACAUGUACAUUGGUGAGUCGGAAGCCAAUGUACGACGCGUGUUUCAAAGAGCCCGCGACGCUCGCCCUUGUGUUGUCUUCUUCGACGAACUUGACUCUGUCGCGCCUAAGCGUGGAAAUCAAGGUGACAGUGGUGGUGUCAUGGAUCGAAUUGUCAGUCAAUUGUUAGCCGAGCUUGACGGUAUGAGCGAUGGAGGAGAAGGUGUCUUCGUCAUCGGAGCAACCAACAGACCUGAUCUCCUCGAUCAAGCACUUCUGCGUCCUGGUCGCUUCGAUAAGAUGCUGUACCUGGGUGUUUCUGAUACCCAUGAGAAGCAGCAGACCAUCCUCGAAGCAUUGACAAGAAAAUUCACACUCCACCCCUCCCUUUCCCUCCAACGCGUCUCCCAAGGCCUCCCGUUCACCUACACUGGUGCUGACAUGUACGCCCUCUGCUCCGACGCCAUGCUCAAAGCCAUCACACGCAGCGCGCGCAUCGUCGACGAAAAGGUCAAAGAGUACAACAGUACACACUCACCCAACAUCUCAAUCGCAUAUUUCUUCGAUCAUCUGGCUACCGAAGAAGACACAGCAGUCAUGGUUACCGAAGAAGACUUCAUGGAAGCUCACAAGGAACUCGUACCCAGUGUUAGCGCCGAUGAACUGCGACACUACGACAGAGUCAGAAAACAGUUUGAAGGCGCGGGCAAGAAGGGGGAUGAAAAGAAAACGGAUGCGGCGCCGGCUUCUAGCUAUAAAGGUAAAGGAAAGGCUAGGGCGAUUGAGCCGGACGAGGAUAUGGUUAUUCGCACAGAGCAUCUUGAACUCAACGGAGACGGAAACGGGAAUGGACAUAUCGGUGGUAGCGGGAAGGGUAAAGGAAGAGCGACUAGUGCAGCCCAUGCCAGCAAAAGUAGUGUUGAUAUUGCGGAGGGUGGGUUUGGCGAUGCGACUCAGGAUGACGACUUAUAUUCUUGA